GGGAUUUGGUUCGUGAAGCAAGAUCGCCCUCUCAGUGAAAGGCAGAUGUCCCUUUAAGGUUUGCUUUGCUGCUGCCCGUGGACUUUAGCCUAAACACGGUCCCGCGAAGUUGGCUUUAUUUGUCCAUGUUUCGGACAGAGCCUGGGUGGCUGCCAGUGAGAUUUCAGAGACUGAGCGCGCAAAGGGGCGGGAGAUGUGGCAAUCCAUCUGGGAUGUGAGAAGCGUGGAGCGGGCUUAACAGCGUUUGACCAAAACACAGGAAAUCAUUUCUCCACUGCUCCAAGGCACUGCAGCCGCUGGGGCCACUGCCGGACACCCUCGGAGACCGCCCAAGUGACCCAGAGCGCCAGCGCCCGGGUUCUGCCUGUUCCUGCCAGCUUCUGCCCACGAACGAACCAGCACGCCGCUGGUUCCAGCAGCCGCUCCAGCAAUGGUCCUCAGGCGCCCUGCAAGCCUAGAGGUCACUGUAGCCUGCAUCUGGCUUCUCACGGUUAUCCUAGGCUUCUCCAUCUCCUUCAAUGUUGAUGUGAAAAACUCAAUGAGUUUCAGUGGCCCAGUGGAGGACAUGUUUGGAUACACUGUUCAACAAUAUGAAAACGAAGACGGCAAAUGGGUUCUCAUUGGUUCUCCUUUAGUUGGCCAACCCAAAGCAAGAACUGGAGAUGUUUAUAAGUGUCCAGUUGGGAGAGAAAGAUCAAUGCCUUGUGUGAAGUUGGAUUUACCAGUUAACACAUCGAUUCCCAAUGUCACAGAAAUAAAGGAAAACAUGACCUUUGGAUCAACUUUAGUCACCAACCCGAAUGGAGGAUUUCUGGCAUGUGGGCCGUUGUAUGCCUAUAGAUGUGGACAUUUGCAUUAUACAACUGGUAUAUGUUCUGAUGUCAGCCCUACAUUUCAAGUUGUCAACUCAUUCGCCCCCGUACGAGAAUGUAGCACACAGCUGGACAUAGUCAUUGUCCUGGAUGGCUCCAACAGCAUCUACCCCUGGGAAAGCGUCACCGCCUUUCUAAAUGACCUUCUUAAGAGGAUGGAUAUUGGCCCUAAACAGACACAGGUUGGAAUCGUACAGUAUGGACAGAAUGUAACCCAUGAGUUCAACCUCAAUACGUAUUCAUCGACAGACGAGGUCCUUGUUGCAGCAAACAAAAUAGGCCGACAGGGUGGCCUCCAAACGAUGACAGCCCUUGGAAUAGACACAGCCAGGAAAGAGGCAUUCACUGAAGCCCGGGGUGCCAGGAGGGGAGUGAAGAAAGUCAUGGUUAUUGUGACCGAUGGAGAAUCGCAUGACAACCAUCGCCUGAAACAGGUCAUCCAAGACUGCGAGGAUGAAAACAUUCAGCGAUUUUCCAUAGCUAUCCUUGGCCACUAUAACAGGGGGAAGAAAAGCAGUGAAAAAUUUGUGGAGGAGAUAAAGUCGAUCGCAAGUGAGCCCACAGAAAAGCACUUCUUCAAUGUCUCAGAUGAGUUGGCCCUGGUCACUAUUGUUAAAGCUCUGGGAGAAAGGAUAUUUGCUUUGGAAGCUACGGCUGACCAGUCAGCAGCUUCAUUUGAAAUGGAAAUGUCUCAGACCGGCUUCAGUGCUCAUUAUUCACAGGACUGGAUCAUGCUUGGAGCAGUGGGAGCCUUUGACUGGAACGGAACUGUGGUCAUGCAGAAGGCUAACCAGACUGUCAUCCCUCAUAACACCACCUUUCAAACUGAGCCCACCAAGAUGAAUGAGCCUCUUGCUUCUUACUUAGGUUACACGGUGAACUCCGCCACCAUCCCUGGAGAUGUGCUGUAUAUCGCUGGGCAGCCUCGGUAUAAUCAUACAGGCCAGGUCGUCAUCUACAAGAUGGAGGGUAGGAACGUCAACAUUCUGCAGACACUCAGUGGAGAGCAGAUUGGUUCCUACUUUGGUAGCGUCUUAACCACAAUUGACAUUGACAAAGAUUCUUACACUGACCUGCUUCUCGUCGGGGCCCCCAUGUACAUGGGGACAGAGAAAGAGGAACAGGGCAAGGUGUACGUGUACACUGUGAAUCAGACGAGGUUUGAAUAUCAAAUGAGCCUGGAACCAAUUAAGCAGACCUGCUGUUCAUCCCUGAAGGAUAAUUCAUGCACAAAAGAAAACAAGAAUGAGCCCUGUGGGGCCCGUUUUGGAACAGCAAUUGCUGCUGUAAAAGACCUCAACGUGGAUGGAUUUAAUGACGUUGUGAUUGGAGCUCCACUGGAAGCUGACCACGCAGGGGCUGUCUACAUUUAUCAUGGCAGUGGCAAGACCAUACGGAAAGAAUAUGCACAACGCAUUGCGUCAGGUGGAGAUGGCAAGACGCUGAAAUUUUUCGGCCAGUCUAUCCACGGAGAGAUGGAUUUAAAUGGCGAUGGUCUGACUGACGUGACCAUCGGAGGCCUUGGUGGAGCUGCCCUCUUCUGGGCCAGAGAUGUGGCUGUAGUUAAAGUGACCAUGAAUUUUGAACCCAAUAAAGUGAAUAUUCAAAAGAAAAACUGCCGUGUGGAGGGCAAAGAAACAGUAUGCAUAAAUGCUACAAUAUGUUUUCACGUGAAGUUGAAGUCUAAAGAAGACUCGAUUUACGAGGCUGAUCUGCAGUAUCGUGUCACCCUUGAUUCACUGAGGCAGAUAUCACGGAGCUUUUUUUCUGGAACUCAGGAAAGGAAGAUUCAAAGAAACAUCACCGUCCGAGAAUCCAAAUGCAUCCAGCACUCCUUCUACAUGUUGGAUAAGCAUGACUUUCAGGACUCCGUGAGAGUGACUUUGGAUUUUAAUCUCACUGAUCCAGAAAGUGGGCCUGUGCUUGAUGACGCUCUGCCAAAUUCAGUCCAUGAACACAUUCCUUUUGCCAAAGACUGUGGAAACAAGGAAAGAUGCAUUUCAGACCUCACCCUGGGUGUGUCCAUCACAGAAAUGAGCCUGCUGAUUGUCAGGUCCCAGAAUGACAAGUUCAAUGUCAGCCUCACAGUCAGAAACAAAGGCGACAGUGCAUAUAAUACCAGGACAGUGGUGCAGUAUUCUCCAAAUCUGAUUUUUUCAGGAAUUGAGGGGAUCCAAAAAGAUAGCUGUGAAUCUAAUCAAAAUAUCACUUGUAGAGUUGGAUAUCCUUUCCUGAGGACAGGAGAAAUGGUUAACUUCAAGAUAAUAUUCCAGUUUAAUACAUCCCAUCUCUCAGAAAAUGCAGUCAUCCAUUUAAGUGCAACAAGCGACAGUGAGGAGCCAGUGGAAUCUCUUUAUGAUAAUGAAGUAAAUAUUUCCAUCCCAGUAAAAUAUGAAGUCGGGCUGCAGUUUUACAGUUCUGCGAGUGAGCACCACAUCUCAGUUGCUGCCAAUGAGACGAUCCCCGAGCUUAUUAACUCCACUGAGGACAUUGGGAAUGAAAUUAAUGUCUUCUAUACGAUUAGAAAAAGGGGGCAUUUCCCAAUGCCAGAACUUCUGCUGUCAAUUUCAUUCCCCAAUUUGACGUCAGAUGGUUAUCCUGUACUGUAUCCAACUGGAUGGUCCUCUUCUGAAACUGUGAACUGCAGACCCCGAAGCCUUGAGGAUCCUUUGGGUAUCAACUCUGGGAAGAAAAUGACAAUAUCAAAAUCUGAGGUUCUCAAAAGAGGCACAAUCCAGGACUGCAGUACCUGUAAAAUUGCAACCAUCACGUGUAAUCUCCUUCCUUCUGACGUGAGUCAAGUGAAUGUCUCACUCAUCUUGUGGAAACCAACUUUCAUAAAAGCACAUUUUUCCAGUUUAAAUCUUACUAUACGGGGAGAACUUCAGAGUGAAAACUCAUCGCUGACUUUAAGCAGCAGCAACCGGAAACGGGAGCUGGCUAUUCAGAUAUCCAAAGACGGGCUCCCAGGCAGAGUGCCGCUGUGGGUAAUCCUCCUGAGCGCCUUUGCGGGACUGCUGCUGUUAAUGCUGCUUAUAUUAGCUCUGUGGAAGAUUGGAUUCUUCAAAAGGCCACUAAAGAAGAAAAUGGAGAAAUGAAAUAUUUUACAGAAGGAAAAAAAAAACCCAAUAACAACUAUUCAACGAUCUAUCCUCAGGUUUGCCUCAAUCAUGUGAGAAGAAAUUCAGAAAUAUAGCCAAAGACAUGGUCACAUAACUCUAUGUAAUCCAUUAUCCAUCUGGGAUUGCCUUCUUAGAAAGAUCAAGCGUGACCCAAAAAGGCUACCCAAAGAUACAGUGUAGAAAGCAAUGGGAAACAGUUUUAAUAAUUACUCAUUUUUGCUGAGUAAGUGAAAUGACAAAAUGUUUCAAAGAAGAGUGGUCAGUAUACGUACGUUUAUGUGUUUACGUGCCACACGGAGUAUCUUAAGGGAUGCACAAAAAGAGCUUCGUGUUCAGUGAAGCAGUUACUCUCAGCACAAUAUAAAUAAAGCCUUUCCCCUUGGUUACACCUUCAGAGUGACACUCAGCAUUUGUAAAUGACAACAAAGGAAUGGGGUGAAAAAGCUCUCCCAAUUCAAAUGAGAAAAACUUUGCUUAGCGGAGCCCAUAUACAAUAUGGAUUGAAAAUAGAAUUAAAUCACGGGUGACACUCAGUGACUUCAUGGGUUCCCUAGUUAGAAAGAGUAUUUUCCAGCGUGGCUGGGAAAUGGUGCGGUUGGGCUUCAAAUUCUAUGUAGAAGAGACAGUAAAGAUGGAGUUGGUAUUUAAAAAUGCGUGCACUGAAUCUAUUAAUUUAAACUUUUACAGAAAGUAAAACUGCUUAAUGUAUAUUGAGCUCUAAAACACAAAACUCUUUUAUAAUAUAUAUGUAAAGUUGAAGCAGUUUAUGUAGCAUAACAGUGAUAAUUCAUGAAAGACCACACCAUGUGUGUGACACCCAGAGGGUUUCUGAAAUGAAAUGUGAGCAGACAUCGAUGACCCAGUGAAGCUGAUGUCACCUUGGCUAAGUAGUUACUUAAUGCAAGGGCUUCUGGGAUGUUUCAUUAAGUAGGGGGCUUCUCAACUCUUUGGUAUAAGGGGUCAUGUAAAACCCCAAAAUAUGAGUGAUUAUUUUUAAAUCUUUUCAACUUUCUAAACACAUUUUAUGUUAUUAUUGAAAAAGCAAUUUCCCAGGCUAAUGUUAUAUUUUACCAAGAACACGAUGCUUCUGAACAUGGUAUAUCAGUAUUUAAAUAGAAAGUCAGGUAAUUUAAAGAAUUUCUAUUUUGAAAGCAUACACUAACAGAGAGAUGCAACUCAUUUGUAUGUACCUCUGUGUUCCUGAAGUAAUCCCUAAGGCCCAUGGACUCUGCUGUAACAUAAGCUUCCAGAUUGCUUCAUUUCCAAGAUAAAUAACAAUGAAUGAAUGUACAGUAUCAACAUGUGUGAACUACUGCUGUAAAAUGUGCUGACCCUCCUGCCCCAAAGCCACCUCUCCACUUGAUAGCUCACUGUAAGACCUGUCAAUAUCCAGAAAGAGCUGGACUCUGCUCUCCUCAAAAGUCAGCAAGCCAACAGAGAAGUGAAGUGCUAUAGGUUUGAUUUUUUUUAAAAAAAUAAAUGUAUUUCUGAGAAAUUAUCUUAGGGCCCAGAUUCAGCCAGCCUCUUGGCUUUCCACCCUUACAUGUCAGAUCCUAAGGGCUAAGGGAUGGAUGAUGCUACAGUCAUCCCUGGCUGGAAGAGAGGUGGACAGGAAGUCAGAAGAAAGAUGUGUUCUCCAUUCUCUCUCUUGCCAGCUUUGGAAGUCAUACUCUCCUCCUGUUCUUCUUUUCCCAACAGAACUCAGAUGGUUUUUGCUCAUUUGCCAUGGUGCCCAACUCCAUACAUACCCACCCAGCGCCCUACACUUAGCUCCAUGCCUUUAUGAAUGAAAUUCAUCAGAUGCGUGUAGAUUCAUCUUUGUUGUAAGGGUUGCCUGUCAAUAAGACGUGUGCUUUUUUUUUUUUUUACUGUGAAUGCCUACUUCACUGAACGGAUCAUUCAUUCAGGUUUUCUAACCCAGUUUCCCAUAAUGACACUCCAAAGGGUUGGCCAUGGCAUCGUGCAGUAUAAUGCACUUCCGAGAUGCAGCAUCCUUCCUAAAAGAUUUGCAUCCUCUUGGGUCACUGUUCUCUGUCAUUCUACGAAAGAAACAGGAGGGAUUUAGGCCUUCAGCUACUGCUUUUACAUAUUCUACAAUUCCUAACCUCACCCAAGGGUGAGCUUUUUAAAAUCGAAGGAAGGGCUCAAGCUGAUGCUGCUUUUUAAAUUGUGACAUACAAAUUAAUUGCAUAUAAAAGACUUUGAAUGCAGACACAACUUCAAAAUGAAUACUCUGAGCUCACAGGGUACCACAACUUCCAAUUGGACAGUGAGCCCCACACUCACUACCCAGAAUCCAGAAACCACCACUACCCAUUCACUCUGUACUGAAAGGAAAGCCAGAACCCAUUGCAAAAGGCUACAUGCAAGGCUGGGUGGAGCCCAGUGGUGUAGCCCAGACGCUGAGUGCACAGCGAACUCAUGCAAGGCCCUAGGUUUGAGCUCAAGCACCACAUAAGGUGAAGUGGCUGAUCAUGCCACCAUGUCCCAAAUGGAAGUACUCUGAUACAACACGAACUAAAAAAAAUAAAUAAAUAAAUUUUCUUUGAAAUCUUAGGCGCAAAAGCAAUGACAUUAAACUACAACACUGUCAUCUUGUUUGCUAAUGGGCUUCUUUCACCCUCAUAUUAAAACUGUACCUCGAAUGUAAAAGUUCAGAGUAAGAGAUUUAACCACAAACUUGAGGAGGAUACAGAGGAGUUUCCCAAGCCCUAGGGCCCUAACACAUCUGGCCUGGGUAUUACAGGGCCCUUAACCUAUGGAAAUAGAUCAUUUAACAUGACAAAGGGCCUGAGCUCAAGUUCAGAGCCUCCACUGUCCCCCCCACAGCCAAGGCUCAGUUCCCUCACCUCAGCCACACUUAAGAAGCAUUUCUUGGUGAAAUUUUACUGCACCAAAGAUGUGCAAGGCUGAGGCCCACUUAUCACUAUUGGUCUUGAGAGCAGCUCUGUUUGUUUACAUUGUCUGCCGUUUGCAUACUGCAACCCCCACUCCCACCCCCACCCCAUGUAAUAAGUUGGAGACUUCCUUCUUUUCCACGAUGCACAGCCUGCAGGACUUGGGUGGUAGACUCUAGUCUGUUUGCAGCCUUCCUUGUCAUUCCUAUUAGUCUUCUCUUUUCUUCCUCUGCCAGGAGAUGCUCUGAUCUGGGGCUUCCUCAGCAGGGUUGUCCCAUGCCAUACGCCCCCUUAUGGGGAUUAGGCUAGUGUCAUGUUAUAUUCUGUGACCAAAGACUCAGAAAUCCCUUACUUAUCCCAGCAUGGGAAUCAUGACUACAAAGCAGUGGCCAAGGACACUCAGCACUGUGACUAUGUUUGGCAUUUGGAUUUUAAGGUACAUACCUAAAGAAAGGAGAGUGUGGAGUUGAGAGGUUCUUAGACCACAGUGUGAGGCUGCAUGUCUGAUCUUUCAUGUGUUUGACCUAUGCCUAUAAACGUAGAACAAAAAUCUUAAAAGAAAACUUCCAAAAACAUCAGAGUGAAAACCCACUGUGUUCGUGAGUAACUUCCAACAGUACCGUCUGUCCCCACACCUGUAUUCUAAGAGGCAGAGAGAGGUGGAGUGAGAGAAGAGAGGAGAGGGGAGACAUGAGUAUUGCUCUUCUUCCUUUCCUUAGGGAAGCCACUGCAUGUUGAUUUAAUGUAACGCGGUAACUUAAACUUUGAUAAAAGCAAAAGAAAUGAUGGGGGUAGAUGAGGACGUGAAACUACCUAUUUUCUAAUCCACAAAAACGGCCGAAGCUUCCUGAGAUUACACGUGUCCCACCCACAGCACUCCCAAAUGUACUUGUCACUGUGAGAGUAAAAGUUACUUAGAAACUACCCUAGGCUAAGUGUCUGGCCUUAACACACCCCAGCCUUAUAUGAAAACCAUUGUCUGAAACAACAGUUUAGACAGUCUGCAUUCUGGAGCCGGCCCACAAAGGAGAUGCUGGUGGUCAGCCUUUCCAUCUGAGAAGUCCGCUGCCCUCACUCAGGAAGCAGCAGGUUCCUGGCUGCAGGAUUCGGAAACACUGGCAUGGAGGGAUGGUCUGCUGUGUGUUACUACUGUGAAGCUGUCCUGAUUGUCAAUAGGCAGUGUGCACUCCGUAUCCAUUUUAUUAAAAAGAAGUAUACUGCGUUUAGUUAACUACUGCCCUGAGCACCCAUCCCACUUCAGGCACACAAUUCCGCAUCCCCUAAAUGAAGGUAUCACAUUGCUCAUUUUGCUAACUUACCUCAAACUCAUCAAAGAAACAACGUAAGGAUAUGUGCAUAGAUUUUGUAGAAAAUGAUUAGGUAAAAAUGCUCCUUGACAUUCAAGAACAGAGAAGCACAACCUUUCCCAAAGAAAUUCAUAGGAUUGGCUGCAAGGUGACAAUCAUCUAAGAUGUAUAAUUAGAAUUAGCUGAGUGUGUGACUUUCUUAAAUGUGCUGUGUAUGCCAUAUCCUGCACACUGUUCUGAGGUCAAAGAUUUGAUAUUUUUGUAUAAUUCCAUCUUGUCUUGUACAUCCGCUGUGUGAUUUACGUCAAGGUAAAUGAGCAUCCUGUUUUUAUGUCUUAAAUAAAAAAAAAAUGACUCAAAGAAAAAAAUGUGAUUAAAGUUAUUUUAAUUACAGAUU